AUGUCUCAGCUGUUAUGUAUUCCUUUUAAAAAAACCAUACAUGCAGACUUAAAGGAGAAAUUGGCCAAGUUAAUUAAUGCCAACUUCUAUCAAACAUCGUCAAUAUUCGAAGAUGACUUGAUCAAGCUAUCAAAACUAAGAGAAAUAGCCGUCAAAGUUAAUGUAUCGGAGACAGAUUUGAAGAAGCUGAAAGAAUAUUAUAUUCAGUUCUGCCAGCUGAAAAUCAAAUUUCCUGAUGACCAAUUGGAAGUUACGUGGUUUGAAACUUUGGGCUUAAAAUCUUAUGGCCGAAAAUGUUCGAGUUUCCAAUUUGAGGAACUCAACUUAGUAUACAACAUUGGUGCAAUGUACUCAAUGCUGGCUGUUGAUAACAACAAUGGUUCCCCUGAAGGACAGAAAAAAACAUGUCAGUACUUCCAGCUCAGCGCCGGAUGCUUUGAUUACAUCUCAAGUCAUGUCCAUGAGUCUAACGAUAUUUCCAUGGAUGAAAAUGCCAUUUCUUCCUUGAAAUACCUCAUGCUAGCCCAAGCUCAAGAAACAGUCUGGUGGAAAGCAAUAGGAGAUAAUCUGAAACCAGCAUUAACUGCCAGGUUGGCAUAUCAGGUAUCCCUGUUUUACGAAUUGGCAUGGAAAGAAGCCAAAAUGAGUGAACUAAUAAAGAGCGACUGGCAAAAAAGAUUUCAAGAGAGAAGUCUUUAUUUUGUUGCAGUGGCUCGCUAUCGUCAGAGUCUAGAUUUUGAAGAAAGAAAAGAAUACGGCGCUAAAGUAGCGGCUCUUAAAAGUGCUUCAACCCAUUUAAAUGAAAUCAAGCUUGAGGAUGAAAGUGUGAUAGCCUUUAUGUCAAAGAUACGCGAAUCUUCAAAAAUUGCUGAGAGAGAUAAUGAUCUUAUAUAUCUGCAACCAGUUCCACCGGUUUUACCUACCUUGAAGCCAGCUCCGAUGGUCAAAUGUAUUUAUUUUGAAGGUUUAAAGCAGCCUUUCGACGACAAAAUACUGGAAUCAAUCGGCGGGCCGCUUUUUAAAAGUUUGCUCCCUAUUUCGGUGAUGGAAGCCUCCACUGCAUUCAACGAGCGCCAAGACGAAUAUGUACAGCAACAUGUCGUGGCACCCAUCAAAGCAUUAACAAACUUACUGAAAGAACAUAUCCCGACUUUUGAGCUACCAGAAGCUCUGAAACCUAUGAGUGAAAAUGAUCUUCAGGCCUAUGAGUUGUCUAUGGUGGAACUACAGCUGAAUAACAAGAAUAUAAGUGACGUAUUGCACCAAAUCAGACUUAUUCUUGAGCAGGAAGCGUCAACAGAUAGCUCUCUGAGGUCAAGACAUGGAUCACUGAGGUGGACGUUAAAAGAUUCGCAGACUGCCAACUCAGAAUAUAUUCAACGGUAUGAAAAAAUCAGCAGCUACUUGAAUCAGGGUCGCAAGGUUGAUGACGAUACAUUUCAAUUGUUUUUAACUGUAGAUAAAGCGUUGCUCACAAAUCCUGUCAAAUUACCCGAGUCAACUGAUCCGCUUGUAAAAGAAGCUUCGGAUGUUAUUAAACAGCGAGAUGCUUACAUUAUUGAAGUGGAAGCUAAAUCUGCUUCAAAUUCUUUACUUCCCAAGAUUAUUUCGCUGUAUAAAAAGACGAGAGCGACUGAAUUCGAAGAUCUUUUUGCAGAACAUUUGGUAAUAUUUCGUGACGACCUGACAUUUGUGCAGCAGGAAAAAAAGCGUAAUGAAGUAUUGAUAAGGAAGUUAGUUGAGCACACAGAACGAGAUACAACCAAGCGCUUGGAUGCCAGGGAUUUAUAUGUUCAAGACUUCAAAUAUUCCCUGAAAAUUUUAGAAGAUGUAAAAGAAAAUAUCAAAAGUGGUUCGACAUUCUAUCAAGACCUCAUGAAAUCGGCAACAGCACUACUUAAUGACGUACAGAAAUUUGAAGCAAGUAGAAAGGAGGAAAAGAAAGGUCUUGAAAUGUUGUUAAUGAGUAAUGCUACAGACAGUUGA